UACGGAGAGGUGCAUUGUAAGUAUUUGUAAUUCAAUUAACAUGGAAGGUCUUACUAAUACAGUACAUGUUGGUCCUGGUCUAAUAUUAAACUAAAUUAAUAAAUGUAAUACCUUGUAUCCUCACUCUCCUCUCAGAAUAAAGGAACAGCUCAGAGGGAUAGUCACGACACUCAGUUGUAAACACCAGACGUCACAGGAAUCCUGAGGGAUCACAUGUUUGGAGCCAAUUACAUGUAUACAGUAAAUAACAAUAGAUGCCAAAAUGAAAAAAUAACAAUCAAAAAGUUUGUAAAUAUUCUUUGCAAUAAAGUAUGAUUCCUGUUUUUUUUCUACAUUUUGAGAUGUUAUGAAUGUUUUUACCACUGCAAAUACAUACUGUAUAUACCCUUCAUACAUAAACACUGUACAUGCAUACAGUACAUACUUACCGACAUACCUACACACCGCUAACUAAUCCUGGCAUUGACAUGAAUGCAUGGAAUCAAAGCUCUCUGUUCAUUUCUGAAAUAAAUUACCAAUGAAAAUAUGAAUUACUGUGAAUGUGUAUGAGAGUUUUUAGGCUGUUGUUCUCGGAUCUAUCCAGUGCUGACUGACCUUUGUACAUACAUUAGGCAUGCAUAAAAGUGAUGAAAAAAACAACUGAGAUAAAGGCAGAAGGACAGUGAAUGUACUGCUGAACUUAGAACCACCUCGGCCAUACUGGAAAGAAAAUAAAAGAUUUCUGAAGAUGUAGUAGCAAAGAAGUGUCUCUCUUCUUACUCAAACCUAAAAGUGGACAAACAUGACCCCCAAUAUGCUGGGAAAUAAAGAGAUUACAUUAGCAGUACUCUGUUGAAGAAGCCUGUGUUCUUUCUCUUCUUUAUUCAUCUUCGCACUACAUACAGUAAUGUAUUUAUUAGGUCUUACCAUAUUCUACUGUUUGUAAAUGUAAAAGGCCUAAAAAGAUGACAACACCUCAACCCAUCUACAGCACAUUUCAUUGAGAGAUUUUAUUUCAUUACGAUUAUGCUGGUUGUCCCUUGAUGAUCGCCAUUCUUAGCUGGCGUUGCCAUAUCAGUCACAUGUUUCUAUUCAAAUACAAAAGCGAAAGUAAUUGAAUCCAAAUGGUGUUGGAUCCAGCACACAUGACGCCCUACUACAGGACGGAAUUGUUUGAAAUAUAUGCAUUUACCUGUUUUGACGGAUUAAUUGUUUGAUGUCAUUGCCAUAGCAGGCUACUAAGUCCGAUCAGUGGGAAUACUUGGGCCGCGACAAAAAUGUCUUUCAGAGGUAUUUUGAGUGCCGUCAUUCUCGUCUUCUCCGAAGGAUUGAUAUUACAGGGCCCCAGUAGUCCCCUGGUUGCCCAACUAGGAGGUGUUUUGCGGCUUCCUUGUUCUGUGGAGACCCCCAUACCUCUGGAUGAGCUAGAGGUUGAAUGGAGAAGGGCCGACUCAAAAGCACUGGUGCACCUCUUCCAAGAAGGAGAAAGCAGACCAGAAUCACAGAGCGAUGCAUACAGGGACAGAGCGCACUUUUUUACAGAGAGAGAGAUUGCCAAAGGGAACUAUUCACUGCUCCUUCGCAAUGUUACAACUGACGAUGCUGGAAUGUACAGUUGCGGCGUUUACACAAAUGAGGAAACCGGUGAAAUUGCAGUUGAAAUUGAAGCCAUUGAGCGCUUGGUGUUGACAGGAGCAGACCAUGCUGUGACUGCCAAUGUAGGUGAAGAGGUCAUUCUGAACUGCUCUGUGGAUUCUCAUAUUCCUCCUGAAGAGGUGUCCUGGGCAAAGGUCGAUUCAGAUGAAAGCCACAUGCUAGUUCUACUUUUUCAAGAAAAUGAAACGUAUCCAGGAGAUUCAAGUUACCAAGGCAGAACGGAGUUCUUCACUUCAGAGAUCCCCAAAGGCAACUUCUCACUGCGACUGAAGGAUGUCAGGACUGAAGACAAAGGAGAGUACAUCUGUAAAGCCCACAGUGGUCUUCUAUCAGCCAACACUACUGUGAUACUGCAGGAGCUGGGUCUCUCCUCUAUGCACAUACUGGUGUUAGUGUUGUGCGGCUCUGCCUUCGUAGUGGCACUUGUUGUUUCUGCUAUGAUCCUUUUGGACAUCAAAGGUAAGUUAAUGUAGUGUUCACUUAAUAUCUGUCUUUUUUUCAUUUGAAACCCAAUCAGAUUUUGUCUGAACCACGUCCAAAUCCAAUUAGUCUACCUGAGUAAAACUGUGUAUCACCAGUAAUGUUAUUGCAAUCAUGGUUAAUAUAUUAAAUUCACUCCCAAUCAACAAUUUUAAUAUAAUUUAAUAGAACAAAAAAAAUAAAUGAAUCAUCACCAAUAUAUUACCAAUAUCCUGAAUAAACUUUGUAGACCUACCUAAUGCGCUCAGAUAGUGGUGACUUAAAAAAACAGUUUGUUAAUAAAACAGCAGAAACAACAGAAUCAACCGAGAUCCAAUUUACAUUAUAGAUCGAUGAGCCAAAACCUUAUGACCACUCACAGAUUAAGAAAAUAAUAUUGAUUACCGUAAUUUACAGACUAUUAACCGCAGUUUAUAUACUGAUUUUGCUAAAUUUCUGCAGCCCUGCGGUUAAUACUCGAGUGUGUCAUAUACAAGGGAAUGCAUCUUCUUCGCCUGGUUGUUAGUAACCCGCACAGUAACUCUGCCAGGUAAAGCCUGAAUGGGUCUCUUUCUCUGCCUUUAACAUACAAAUCCCAUGAAUGUAUCAGAUAAAAACAUCAGAUAGAUAACACAUUUUCAUUCACAACUCAGUCACAUUCAGUCUUCCAUAAUGAUAAAGUAACGUGUGUCGUGUAUCCCCACCAGAUCGUAUUUAAUGGGAUGCUAUGAAGUACGCGAGAGGUUCUUGCCAGUUAACCUGGCUAUGAACUUUCCUAGCUAUCUCUAGUUUAGGGAACCAUCUUAGCAGUUCGUAGUUGCUAGCGUGUCUAAUAUGAACUCAACAACUACAUGGCAUGACGCACGUUGAAUAAACUUAACAUGGGUGCAAUAAAUACACAGGUUUGUUUUAUAAAAUUAAACUACUGUGAUGUGGUUUAUAUACGGUGCGGUUAAUAGUGGGGAAAGUACGGUAGUUUGUCAUUUUUCCAGGUCUGGGUUAUAUUAGAGAGUAAGCAAGUAAUCUGUUCACAUAGUUGAUACUCUGGACACUGGAACUUUGACAAGGGCCAAAUUGUUAUGGCCAGAUGACUGGGUUGGUGCAUCUCCUGGUCAGUAGUGGUGUGUCCCUACCAAGAGUGGUCAGAGGAGGGAUAGAACAUAAUACAGCAACAGCAUGUUGGGUGCACAAUGUUUACUAAUGCAUGUGGGUAUUGAUGAGGGUAUC